CUCUGUUGCUCCUCCUUCCUCGUUUGGGUCGGUCAAGCCAGCAACCCAUUCGCUUCCUUCCCGUUGUUCCCUUCCCCAACCCGAUCCCUAAUCCCCCGCUCUCCUCCCAUGGCCGCCGCCGACGCCGACGCCGACGCCGCCGAGGUGGAGCGCCUCUACGAGCUCGGCGAGCGCCUGACCUCCGCCAAGGACAAGUCCGAGCACGCGGCGGACUACGAGGCGAUCAUCGCAGCGGUGAAGGGGCAUAGCGUCAAGGCGAAGCAGCUGGCGGCGCAGCUCAUCCCCAGGUUCUUCCGGAGCUUCCCGGCCCUCGCCACGCGCGCCAUGGAGGCCAUGUUCGACCUCGUCGACAUGGAGGAGCUCGCGAUCAGAAUACAAGCUAUUCGUGGGUUUCCACUUCUUGGCAAAGAUGCAGAAUUUGUGUCAAAAAUUGCAGAUAUUCUAGGACAACUCCUUGCAAGCGAGGAAAAUGUGGAGCGUGAUGCUGCUCAUAAAGCACUCAUGUCCCUUAUACGACAAGAUGUUAAAAAUUCCUUGCAGCCUUUAUUUAAGCAUGUGGAGUUGGGAAUGGAGAUUCGUGAGAAGGUUAUUUGUUUUCUUAGAGACAAGGUCUUUCCUCUUAAAUCAGAGCUACUGAAACCUCAAGCAGAAAUGGAGAGAUAUGUAACUGAUUUGAUAAAGAAAAGUGUACAAGAUGUAACUAGGUUGGAAUUUAAAUUAUUCAUGGAUUUCCUGCGAAGUUUGAACAUAUUUGGGGAUUCCGCUCCUCGAGAGUCCUUUCAAGAACUAAUUGAAAUUAUUCAAGCACAGGCUGACCUUGAUGCGCAAUUCAAUGUUUCCGACAUUGACCACAUCGAGAGGUGGAUUUCAUGCAUGUAUAUGGCUCUUCCGAUCUUCAUGAGAGGUGCAUCGAGCAGCAAGUUCCUCAACUAUUUUGUUAAGCAAAUUGUUCCAGUUUUUGACAAGAUUCCUGAAGAAAAGAAACUGGAUUUGCUCAAGACUAUUGCUGCAAGUUCGUCGUAUGCUGCAGCACAAGAUUCACGUCAGCUGCUUCCAUCUGUUGUUCAGUUGCUCAAGAAGUAUAUGCCUGGGAAGAAGGUGGAAGAUAUCAACCAUAAUUAUGUUGAGUGCUUGCUGUACACUUUUCACCAUUUGGCUCACAAGACUCCAAACACAACGAACAGCCUCUGUGGUUACAAGAUUGUUACUGGGCAGCCGUCAGAUAGACUGGGAGAGGAUUUCUCAGAGCAUUACAAAGAUUUUACAGAGAGGCUAACUGGAACAGAAGAGACAGUUCGAGCAGCCUCAAAGAGACUAACUCAGGGAAUGGCAAAUUUCAAUAAGGCAAUAUCUUCAGCAAAAACUGAAGAGGAGCAGACUAAAAUUAAAGUGGAUCAGCAGAAAUCAACAAUGACAAUGCGGGCGUAUAACAACAUAUUGGCAAUGUUGCAGCCAUUGCAUGGGAAAUCUCCUUCAUUUAUCGGUGAUAAGAAAAAUACUCUCUCAUGGAUGGAACAGCCAAAGAAGCCAGCAGCUACGGCAGCAGGAGGGAAGCGGUCCCAACCUGCUAUGAAUGGGAAUGGCCCUUCAAAGAAGGGGCGACUAGAGGGAGGACAGAAUCAGCUUGUGAACAGAGCUUUUGAAGGAUUGUCUCGUGGUGGUAGAGGCAGUGGAAGAGGGCGGGGCAGGGGAGGCCGAGGAAGAGGAUGGGGCUACCGCUAAGAUCAGCUAGAAAGUUAUCCAACCUGACGGAGAAGGGAUCAGUUUUCUGCUUCCAUUUGAGGGCUUUAUUUGUUGUGUACUUAACUGGAUUGGGCUCUUUUGUAUGCAACAAGGUGGAAUUGAUGAUCCUUCAAGGUGCGCCCGAUAGCUGAAUGCAUACACAAAGCAGGCGGGGGUUGAAAGCCA